GUUUAAUUUCUUUGUGGUUUGGAUUACGUCUAGAAAAAUCUUUAUUAAUUAGCUCGGUUCGAUGUAUUGUACAACUAACGAUUAUGGGAUUAGUCCUCGCAGAUGUUUUUAGAAUGGGGCAUCCGGCUGUUGUAUUAGGAAUGAUAUUAUAUAUCCGUGCUGGUAUCGCUAGGGAUGAGCACAAUUGUGGUUGGAAUAAUCG